AUGGUGUCCAACCCUGUGCAUGGCCUGCCUUUUCUCCCGGGCACGUCUUUUAAGGACUCCACGAAAACAGCCUUCCAUAGAAGCCAGACACUGGGCUACCGGAAUGGCUAUGCCAUUGCUCGACGUCCAACAUUUGGGAUAAAUGGGGACCAGCUGUCCCAGGCUGACCUGGAUGAGUUGGCUGGCAAGGCACCAAUUCUAACUUAUGGCCAACCUAAGCAGGCCCCACCUCCAGACUUUAUUCCUGCACAUGUGGCUUUUGACAAAAAGGUGCUAAAAUUUAAAGCCUAUUUUCAAGAAGAUGUUCCUAUAUCAACUGAGGAGUUUUAUAGGAUCCGUCAGGUGAACAUUUACUAUUAUCUAGAAGAUGACAGCAUGUCUGUCAUAGAGCCUGUUGUGGAAAACUCUGGGAUCCCUCAAGGCAAAUUAAUCAAACGCCAACGGCUAGCCAAGAAUGACCGGGGAGACCAUUACCAUUGGAAAGACCUAAAUCGAGGAAUAGAUAUCACAAUUUAUGGCAAAACUUUUCGCCUUGUUGACUGCGACCAGUUUACACAGACAUUUUUAGAAAGUCAAGGAAUUGAAUUAAAUCCACCAGAGAAGAUGGCUCUGGAUCCUUACACUGAACUCCGAAAAAAGCCUGUUCGUAAUUACGUCACCCCAUCGGACUUUGAUCAGCUCAAGCAGUUUCUCACCUUUGAUAAACAAGUUCUUCGAUUCUAUGCAAUCUGGGAUGACACCGACAGCAUGUUUGGUGAAUGUCGGACCUACAUCAUUCAUUACUAUCUUACGGAUGAUACGGUGGAAAUUCGAGAGGUCCAUGAACGGAAUGAUGGGCGAGAUCCUUUCCCACUCCUGGUGAACCGCCAGCGUAUGCCUAAAGUUUUAGCGGAGACUGCAAAGAACUUCCCUCGGUGUGUGCUGGAAAUCUCUGAUCAAGAGGUGUUGGAAUGGUACACUGCCAAAGACUUCAUUGUUGGGAAACCACUUACUAUCCUUGGGAGAACUUUCUUCAUUUAUGAUUGUGACCCAUUUACUCGGCAGUAUUACAAAGAGAAGUUUGGAAUCUCUGAUUUGCCACCUGUCAAUGUGAGCAAGCAGGAACCACCUCCUAUAAAACAGGAAUUACCUCCUUAUAAUGGAUACGGAUUCGUUGAAGAUUCUGCUCAGAAUUGCUUUGUUCUCAUUCCAAAAGCUCCAAAAAAAGAUGUUAUUAAAAUGCUGUUGAAUGAUAACAAGGUGCUUCGUUAUUUGGCUGCACUGGAAUCCCCCAUCCCAGAAGAUAAAGACCGCCGAUUUAUCUUAUCUUAUUUUCUAGCUACUGACAUGAUUAGUAUCUUUGAGCCUCCUGUUCGCAAUUCUGGUAUCAUUGGAGGCAAGUACCUUGGCAGGACUAAAGUUGUUAAACCAAACUCUCCGGUGGACAACCCCAUCUACUAUAGCCCUGCUGACUUCUACAUUGGUGCUGUGAUUCAGGUGUUUGGCCACCGGUUUGUCAUCCUUGAUACAGAUGAGUAUGUUUUGAAAUACAUGGAGAGCAAUGCUGCCCAGUAUUCGCCAGAAGCACUCUCGUCAAUUCAGAACCGUGUCCGAAAGCAAGAAGCUCCUGCACCAAAGUCGGACAACACUCAAACUGAAGAGGAUCCAGGUGUCCAAGAAAUGGAAGCCUUAAUAGAGCAAAUCCAGAAGCAGCUGAAAGAUCAUUCCUGCAAAGACAACAUUCGUGAGACAUUUCAAAUUUACGACAAGGAAGCUUCUGGAUAUGUGGACAGGGAGAGGUUCUUUAAAAUUUGUCAAUCUCUUAACGUCCCAAUUGAUGACUCUUUGGUUAAAGAGUUAAUCAGGCUGUGCUCUCACGGAGAAGAAAAGAUUGACUACUACAACUUUGUGCGUGCUUUCUCAAACUGACCUGGCUGAUGAGAGAAUGCAACACAAUUUUUGGAUGUGUGGGCCUACACUUUGGAAUAUACCCACACUCAACAU